AUGACUCGAGAGGACUGGAGGAAGAAGAAGGAGCUCGAAGAACAGCGGAAACUGGGUAACGCUCCUGCAGAAGUGGACGAAGAAGGAAAAGCUAUCAAUCCACACAUCCCUCAGUAUAUUUCGUCAGUACCUUGGUACAUUGACCCAUCAAAAAGACCCACCUUAAAGCAUCAGAGGCCACAGCCAGAGAAACAGAAGCAGUUCAGUCCAUCUGGAGAAUGGUACAAGAGGGGUGUAGAAGAGAAUUCCAUAGCCACCAAGUUCCGCAAAGGCGCCUGCGAGAACUGCGGGGCCAUGACACACAAGAAGAAAGACUGCUUAGAGAGGCCCAGGCGCGUCGGCGCCAAGUUCACCGGGACCAACAUAGCUCCAGACGAGCACGUCCAGCCUCAGCUCACGUUUGACUACGACGGGAAGAGAGAUCGCUGGAACGGCUACAACCCAGAGGAACACGUGAAAAUUGUGGAAGAGUACGCCAAAGUCGACCUGGCGAGACGAAUGCUGAGAGCCCAGAAACUACAAGAAGAAUUAGCCUCAGGAAAACCAGUGGGACAAGCGAAUUCUCCCAAACAUCAGUGGGGAGAAGAGGAGCCAAAUCCUCAGACAGAAAAAGAUCCCAACAGCGAGGAUGAGGAUGAGGAUAAAUAUGGAGACGGUAUGGACAUGCCAGGGCAGAAUUUUGACUCUAAAAGGCGAAUUACAGCCCGGAAUCUAAGGAUUCGAGAAGAUAUUGCAAAAUAUUUGAGAAACUUAGAUCCAAAUUCUGCCUACUAUGAUCCAAAAACUAGAGCGAUGAGAGAAAACCCUUAUGCCACCGUGGGGAAGAAUCCAGACGAAGUGAGUUACGCAGGAGAUAACUUCGUCAGAUACACAGGAGAUACCAUUUCCAUGGCUCAGACACAGUUGUUUGCCUGGGAGGCCAAUGACAAGGGCUCCGAGGUGCAGCUGCAGGCCGAGCCCACAAAACUCGAGCUGUUGUACAAGUCCUUCAAAGUGAAAAAAGAGGACUUCAAAGAACAGCAGAAGGAAAGCAUCCUGGGAAAAUAUGGUGGCCAGGAGUACCUGGAUGCCCCUCCAGCCGAGCUGCUCUUAGCCCAGACGGAGGACUACGUGGAGUACUCUCGGCACGGGGCGGUCAUCAAGGGGCAGGAGCGGGCCACCGCCUGCUCCAAGUACGAAGAGGACGUGAGGAUCCACAACCACACGCACAUCUGGGGAUCUUACUGGAAAGAAGGCCGAUGGGGUUACAAAUGCUGUCAGUCUUUCUUCAAGUACUCCUACUGCACCCGAGAGGCUGGGAAGGAGACUGCUAACUCUGAGGAGCCUGUGGGAAGUGAUGAGACUGGAGAAGAGUCGGUGAAGAAACCGCAGACAUUCGUGGAGAUGCACCAAGAAAAACUAAAGGAAGAGAAGAAGAAGAAAAAGCAGCAGCAGCAGCACUGGAAGAGCAGUUCCAACCGUGAUGAUGAAGAGAAGAAACAUGAGAAGUUGAAAAAAGCACUCAACACCGAGGAGGCCCGUCUGCUCCAUGUCAAGAUCGUGCAGAUUGACGAGAGAAAGCGGCCGUACAACAGCAUGUAUGAAACUCGGGAGCCCACGGAGGAGGAAAUGGAGGCCCACAGGAGGAAGCGGCAGAGGCCAGAUGACCCCAUGGCCUCUUUCCUGGGCCAGCAGUAA